AUGGCUGCGCCGACGCAAAUGCUUCCCUCCUGGCUGACUCUGGCCACCACCGUGGUCACUGCACCUGACGGCGCGGUCACUACGUCAUUGGUAACUCUGCAGUUACCUCUGACAUACUAUGGUCCUAGUAUACCUCUGGGCACGGAUGGCUCAUGGACGUACGGCGGACUUACGCCACCUGCUUCCAUUACUGUGUCGGCAACUACUACCACUGCUUCUACUAGCAUCGUGUCAUCGUCUAGCCGGUCACUGUCUUCGCCUCUCAGCACAUCUGUAGCGACGUCUUCAUUAUCGUCGUCCUUCACAUCCUCGGCUUCAUCUUCAGCGGCUUCAUCUUCAGCUGCUGGUGUAGUCGCAGCAAACCAUCACACCAUAUCUGCCGCUACUCUUGGCGCGAUUCUGGGUGCGAUCUUAGGCACAUUGCUGCUGGUGGUCCUCGUCCUCAUUGUCCUCCUGUUGCGCCGCCAUCACGGCGGCGCGCGAGGAGCGGGGCCUCAAUCGAAGAGCAGCUCUAGCUUCUGGAACCGACAGACGACUCUAUUCUCGAGGCGCGGCUCGCCUCGGCAGACGCCCAUAUGGACGGAAUGGCAGAUGGUGAAUCCUGAUGACUUCAACGAGGACGGAGGCGCCGAAGAGCGCACCCCAGGCGAUGGCUCGCCACGCGGCAGCGGCGAGGAGCACGACCCAUUCCUAACACGGCGGAGUGUGUAUAGCGACUCUAAAGAGCUGACACAGACGACAACAGGCACGAAGACUCUGGUCAGCGUGCCUGCGGCUGCUGCCAUUGCCGGUGGGACGACUUCGACCAGUCGCACCGGGACAAAAGUGGGUGGGCACAUCAUACCACGCGAUGAAUUACUCGCGCGCAUGAACGAGGAUCAAGGUGGUCUGCCUCCUCGCGUGAAUGUCACGGAAGCCUCGCCCGAGCACACGUCGCCCCUUCUUCCGCCACCCCCAAUAGGAUCCGAUCGGCGUGCCCGAGGCGUAGAGACUAAGUCUACACGUUCAUUGGGUUCCCAGGUCCUGUCAACCACGUCUGAGAAGUCCUCGGGAAGUAUUGCGGAGCAUGAACCUGCUGAGCUGCUGACUGCGCGACGGGUUAAGGUUGUGAACUUAGAUCAAGCAGAGGACGAAGCUGGGCCGAGUGCGUGGCACAAGCCUUCCGGGCUGGAGACUUUGGCAAAUUUGCCGCGACUGAGCUGGUUCAGGCGUAUGUCAUGGCUCGGCGCGCCGACUGGUUCACUCAGCCCCGACGCAGAAUCAGCGGGUCAGGACGCAUAUACACGCACUCCACCGAGGUCACAUUCACGCCAGGGUUCCCGUUCGCGACCCGUAUCAUGGGCUCCACUCCCAACGCACGAGCCGGGCAGUCCUGAGUCCAGCUUCGGGCGGCGGCCACGGUCGCAGUCAGGUCUUGGCCUGGGACUGCUAGAUAACGGCGAGCGGCCUCACUCGUCUGUGAGCGCGAAGAGCAAGGCCAGCGCGGCGAGUGGGAACACAGUGUAUCUCGAUGCGCAUUCUACGCCUGCGAGCUCUGCGGUUGACGUCACCUCCCCGGUGGGUGCCAUGGGACCUGCGGGCUCAGGUGUUCCUUCCGUUCCCGCCUUGCCACAGCAGCGAUCGCGUCAGGUUUCGCCUUCAUCAGGAGAUAUUCCUACCAUGACGACCAGCGGCGGUUACCUCUCAGUGCCUGGCGAGCCGCCUUCGUAUGAAGAGUCUCGCCGUACCACGGACCAGUCGCCAGGCGAAACAAGCUCAGAGAGUGUCGAUGUUCUAGACAUUCCCGCCCCACGACCCGCCUCGCCCUUCACUGCUGCAUCGAGCCGCCCUGGUUUCCCACCAGGUCUUAUUUCAUUACCGGCUCCUCGUGUGUGGCGUGACUCGCACAUCUCCGGUGAUAGCGCUGGGAUUCAGAUUGACGUUCUUGAGGAAGCGCCCCCCACUGCACAAGACGGGUGGCGGAACUUGUCGGGCAUUGGACGAGCGCCAGGCGAGGAUCGUCGCACAACAUUCGGCAUGGUACAUUCCACUCAGCCUGAGGUCGUCCACCCUCGUGCGGCUCUCAACUCAGAGCAAGGUUCCCUCCAUUCCAUGCGCUCACAUCUCAGUCCCCACUCUCCUCUCAACACGUCUGGUUCGGCGCCUGCGUCCUCGCUUCACACUCAUCAUAGCUCAUCAUCGCGGCCAUCGAUGCAUUCGCAAGGAUUGACGGGCAGCAGCGGUGGCUCACUUGCUCAUUCUAAUUCCAUAUCUGAGGACGACAGAAGACCACGGCGUCGCGGGGCUGUUGGUGAGGUGAGCUCCCCGGCGCUCUCGGCUGUGUUCAGCAGGGAAGGUCCAUGGGAACGUCCUACAUCACAUUUGGCGGCACGUCCCAUGACGCCCAUCCGCCAAUCCCCGUCAUCUUCUGCCGGAGAUGUCCCCAACUUUGCAACGCCGGCUACUGUCACUGGUACUGUUACAUCCUCUGGAACGACGAGGACGGAUGAUACCAACACGAACUCCAGUGUCACGACAGCGCUGACGGACCCAGUGACCGGCGCUGUUCUGCACUUCCCUGCACUGCCAUGGCGCCAUGUUCCGGAUCGCAGUUGGAACAGCCGUGAUGAGGAGCACAUGUGCACGACCGCGGUAUGGCCCCCGAGGAAGAUGGUUGUGCUUCGACGGGUGAUCAAGGUCUCGAUUCCUCCAAGAACAGUGCCUGAGCGGGAGUGUAUAUAUAGGGCGCUGGGUUCCACGUCAGCUUGGCAGAUGGACUUCCCCGUGGAUUUGCAAAUCAAUCCGAUCCGGCUGCACCAUACGCUUCUUGAGUUACCGUCUUCGAUACAUAUCAUCAAUAUUCUGACGCUUCAUCCAGCACUCGUUGCGUACUAUAUGAUUCUCACAUUGGCGGACGAAGUCCGCCUUAUGUGGGGUCGCAAGUCAAUCUCUACAAUAUUGUACUUCGUCAAUCGACUAGUCAUGCUGGGUACUGUUGUGAUGAACGCCCCUUUGCCAACCAAUACUCUGCUACUUGUAGAUAAAAUUGUGGCUCUUGUUGCCAUGACUGUACUCGCUGUGGUUGCUGCUCUCCGUGCGCUUGCCGUCAGUAAGCGCAAUUGGUACAUCACGCUCCCAAUUCUAGCUCUAGGUCUGGUUCCCGUUGGUGCAAAUUUACAACUUCAUGCCACUAAUUCCACUUCCAGAGUCGUAGCGGUGAUCAAUGUUGCUACCUUACUCGUAGAUACCAUCGAACAGAUCGAUGUGAACAUCGCUGCACUGCUAAGCGCGCUGUCAAGCAUACUUGUGUCACAAUUUCUCAUGCAUCUCAGAGAAGCUGCCGACCGGAGUACGGGUGAGCUUGGUACCCGAUCCUCGUCCCGCACAAAUUCUACCCGAGAAUCCGCCACGCAAUCAUGGCUCUCCAGCGCGGAGUUCGCUGCGACUAUUGGAGAUCAUUCAGACCACUCAGACCAUUUCGACAACAUCGAUGCAUUCUCUGACGUUGAAGACGACUAUGCACUUUCAAGAGACGAUGAAACCGAGGGGCAGCAUCAGCAGCGCGGAAUACAACUCCGAGUACUCGCAUCCGCUGGACAACAAUAA